AUGUCUCUUCUCACCGUUGAAUCGCAUAUUUCGAUUGAUCGGCCCCCUGCGGCUGUCUUCGACUUCAUUUCCACCCCCGCAAAUUGGGCUGGCCUCCAUCCUGGCAGCCAACAGAUCGUCGGAAAGGGCGUGAACGAAUCCGCUAAGCAAGGAACACGCUUUAUCGAAGUCAUUGACGAUGCCAAUGGAUUGAAAUUCGAUGCGCAUUGGGUGGUUACUCGCUCGCACAAGAACGAAUUUUUCCAGUUUCAAUUUCCGUCCGACUACGCCCAGGGCCCAUUCCAGGAAAUUGUCAUCACCUACAAUGUCAGUGAAAAGGCUGAUGGCUCGACGGCGUUCACCAGACGCAUGGUCUCUUGGAUCAAACCCGGAGUCGACACCAAGCCUCUUUCAUCGUUCUAUGAGAACGACAUGCACAAUGAGUAUGUCGCGAGAGUCAAGGCUAGGGUUGAGAACACUAGCUCCUAA